GCGGUCCCUCCGCUGACGGCGGGUAAUGCUCGGACAGCGAACUGGCGGUGGGGGGUGCCCGGGCCUCCCGGGCGACGGCGAAGGCGGAGUCCCGGCCCGGCCGGGGAGGCUGGCUGAGAGGCCCCCCCAGCUGCCCGCCAAAGUAAACAAGGCCGCGACGUGCGCUGCGCACUUACCGGGAGCUGCGGCCUCGCGGCCGCUGAGCCCGGACAAGCCAGACCGGGUCAGGCCGGGCCAGAGGGACCGGAUUGGGGAGAAGCGGCGGUAGAGGCGGCGGGCCGACGCCGGUCAAGCCCGUGCUGCUUCCUCCAAAAGAGUCGUCCCGGCAGCUCCGGAAGUACUUGGCGCCGUUGCGUCACUUCCGGAUCGGGGUCGACCGGUCGCUCAGGUCGCCACUGGCUCCUGGUUAGAGGGCCUCUUUAGCGCCGCCUCCUUGCAAUUUAGCGCUCUGACCCAUAGUCUGACUAGGGUACGGCAGGUGCCGACCGCGUCUGGAGCCACCAUUCGCCUACCAGCGUCUCCCGUUGAGAUGUUCUUAACCAACGCGUUUCUCACCGCCUUGUCAUUUCACUGGUACUCCGGGAUCGGGCACGGAGAAGACAUACUGGCGUCGGUGGAAUGUCUAAAGACCAUUGUUUCCCGGCCGCUAUCUGGUCUGAGGGGAGCUGGGCCGGGAAUUUCUGCCGACACCCCGAGGCGGUCGCCGGGUGGCCCCAGAGCCGCAACCAUACCACGCUUUCGCUUCCCCCGCCGCGGCCUCGUUCGCCGCCCAGUUCGACUUACCGUCACCGUGCAAGGUUGCAUCUUAACUGCCUUGCUUGCAGUUUCUUUUCACACUAUAGGAGUUGUCAUCAUGACUUCCAGUUACCUUCUGGGACCGGUUGUCAAAUGGUGUGGCUAGAACUCAGAUUGUUGCUACACCACAGUGGAAAUGCCAGUGUGAAGCCGCUGAUGUUAGGAAGGCUCCAGGGUGUGCAAUUCCGUAGACAACAAAUCAAAUCAUUUCCAACCAUACUGGACUCGUGUAUAUACGCAUUCAAGACACCUGUGCUGGCCGGUCGCUGUGGCUCAUGCCUGCAUUCCCUGCACUUUGGGAAGCCAAGGUGGGAGGAUCGCUUGAGCCCAAGAAUUUGAUGUAGUGAGACCCCUCC